AUGCCACGAUCAGUUCUUAUAACCGGCUCUACAGGCUAUAUUGGCAGUCAUGUAUUGUAUAAUUUGCUACGCCAGAAAACUAUUGAUCGAGUACUAUGUGUAAGUAGACAUAGAGAUCAGGGAGAGUUUUGGUCAUCUGUUCAAUCACAAGCAAAUAAGUUCCAAGUUCCUUUAAAUCUUUCCGAAGCUAAAGCGAAAGUUGAAGUCGUCAGUGUUGAUCUUGACAAGAAUCAUAAUCUAAUAUUACCAGCUCUUGAGCAAUAUAAACAAUCCGUUAGUGCAGUUCAUCAUUUGGCAUGUGAUACAGCGUACGGAGUUCCAAUUGAACAUUUUGAGCCGUGGAUAAAUUGUGCAAAAGAAUUAACACAGUAUUGUAUGGAUCCCAAGUAUCCUAAGCAUAUAUAUAUCGUCGGAAGUUAUGGACGUCAUCUGGUUGACAAUCCACACGUUGAUCGCAAAGAAGAUUUCUACUUUAUUAAUGGUUAUUUUGAAUACAAGAGGUGGUUGUCCAAAUAUAUGCAAGAAAAAAUAGAUAAAGGUUUGAAAGGAACACUUUUUGAACCUGGCUAUAUAAUUGGUUCGAUUGAUCCAGGUCAAAAUUAUAUUUUCUGGCGCAUCGCUCGUAUGUUUGUAGCAUUAGGAUGUGCCUUCAAAUAUGCAAUGUGUUUCACACCCCUUGAAAUGUUGAUGGAUAAUUAUAUAUUAUCACUAAACCAUCCUGAUACAAACCCAAGAAUUAUGUCUGCGGUUGUACCGAAACGUCUUUAUAUACACAAGGUAAUACAAAAAUUAGUACCAGAUUUGAAGAUAGUUGAUUAUGAAGAAUUCAGAAAUAUAAUAAAACAGAUUAUGCCCAAAAGAUUAAAAUAUUUUGGGCCAAAUAUUCAACUCGUUCUGGAAACAACAGAAAUAAAUGCAACAUUUCAUCCAUUGUAUGAUAAUACAAGAUUCAAAGAAGAUAUUCCAAUGGAUUAUUUUCUUAACUGCACAGGUUUAACAGAAGCUGUCAAGCUAGGAUUGGAAGAUCGACAAAAGCUACUCGAUAUGAGACCGAAAGUGGCUAAAUAA